ACCCCGAGGAGGGAAAGAAAAACGACACCCAUAACUUUCUCUGAGAACUGGGAGAGGGGGGGAGAGAGAGAGGCUUUAAUUCGAACGCUGUUGCCUCCUCUCCCUCGAGCCCUACAACAUAGCGGCAUCGGCAUCACGCCAGGCCCAACCGCCGGGGAUCGAAUCCUCCGCUCUGGCAACCCGCUUCGAUCGCGCCUCCCCUUUGAGGUGGUUGAUUGCGACUGUAAGUAGCUGCCGGUCUUCUGCUUUUGGAGCAAUACAAGGUGUAGUGGAGGAUUCUGUACCUAUAGGUUUCCUCAUGGCAUCAGUUACUUAUAUUGAUGAUAGCCAUGCUGAGGUUAUUGAUCCUCCAAAGAAUGAGGAGAUGUUGGAUGUCACUGAACUUGUUGGUGAUCAUAUUCAGCAUUCACCAAAAUCAAAUGUGACAAGCUAUGGCAAUGUGCGUGAGCUACUGGAAUGCCCUGUGUGUUUGAGUGCCAUGUAUCCUCCAAUUCAUCAGUGCUCCAAUGGACAUACUCUGUGUUCUGGAUGCAAGCCAAGGGUUCACAAUCGCUGCCCAACAUGCAGGCAUGAACUGGGUAACAUAAGAUGUCUUGCUCUGGAGAAGGUGGCUGCAUCGCUAGAGCUUCCAUGCAAGUACCAAAACUUUGGGUGCUUGGGCAUAUACCCUUACUAUUGCAAGCUGAAACAUGAAUCACAAUGCCAAUACAGACCCUAUACUUGCCCAUAUGCCGGAUCUGAAUGCACAGUUGCUGGUGACAUUCCCUAUUUAGUAAAUCACUUGAAAGAUGACCAUAAGGUUGACAUGCACAAUGGAAGCACUUUCAAUCAUCGUUAUGUCAAAUCAAAUCCUCAUGAAGUUGAGAAUGCUACCUGGAUGCUCACGGUUUUCAGCUGCUUUGGUCAGUACUUCUGUCUGCACUUCGAGGCAUUCCAGCUGGGCAUGGCACCUGUCUACAUUGCCUUCCUCCGGUUCAUGGGAGAUGACGCUGAAGCUAAGAACUAUAGCUACAGCCUGGAGGUUGGAGGCAGUGGUCGUAAGAUGACAUGGCAAGGCGUCCCUCGAAGCAUCAGAGACAGCCACAGAAAAGUCCGGGACAGCUAUGACGGACUCAUCAUCCAGCGGAACAUGGCCUUGUUCUUCUCCGGUGGCGACAGGAAGGAGCUCAAACUGCGGGUCACUGGGAGAAUUUGGAAGGAGCAGUGAAUUGCAACAGCUAAACGCAUUUGUUCAUCUCGGCGCCCAUGAAUCUUGGAUCCAAGAUGAAUAAAAACUAAUGCGUAACCGGAUAGUUGCUGCGAGAACUUAGGACUUGGUAAUCUUGUAGACUGUGAUAGCUGGUUAUCGUGUGGUACUGAUGUAGAACCGAAGGCAAAUCUCUUCUUUGCUUUGAACCCCUCAAGAGUUGAUCAUAGCGCCACCAUAGGCGAACCUUGACAGCGACUCGGGGAAUGUAAAUGAUGUUGCUCGGCUCCUCUCUCUAUGAGACUCAUUCUAUAUCAGCCCACCAUUGUUUCUGAAUUCUGGAGAUGAACUAGCACUACUAAAUCUGCAGCAGCUGGUAUGUCAUGCUGGUGAGAUUUGAGAGCA